AUGGAAGUUGCUUUUAGUUUUACGAAUUUAUUCUUUGGUGAUUUAUUUUCUUGUAAAUUGGAAACAGGAAAAGAAGUUCUUGAACUUCUCCUAGCAGCAGACGAAAUGCAACUCGAAGAAUUAAUCAAACCAGUUCAAAUGUAUCUCUUACAAGAAUGGGAACCGUGGAUUCGGUCAAACUUUAUUCUGCUCCAUCGAGUAUCCUCGGCAAACUCGGCAUUCGAAAAACUCUUUAUCGACGUGUUUCCAGGUAAUGAGGUUGGUAGAGAAGGACGUUUAGAGAGAGAUAAUAGACUGCUAAGGAUCGUAUCACCAAUACUUCUCCAAGCUUCUUCUAAGGGCCUUUGUUUCCGGCUUCACUCCAUGGUAGAUAUCAGAGUAUGA